AUGUCAUUUGAAAAUGAUGGAUCCAGCAGUGGUGGAAGGUGUUAUGUCGACAACGCAUACAAUAGAAGACUAGGCAGAGUUGGUAUGCCACAUGGUUCAAUGGUAGUAUCUAGUGGAGGAAGACUAUCCUCAGAAAGCUCCAGCUUUUCAGGAUCAAGUUUUUUAGGAAUGCCUGGUGUAAACAGCGGUAGUGGUAGGUUGUAUGUUGACAACUCUUACAACAGGGCACUGGGCAGAGUUGGUAUGCCACAUGGUUCAAUGGUAGUAUCUAGCAGAGAUGAAAGGCCAUCCGCAGCAGCCUCUCACAUUUUAAGCUCUUUAGGAAACUUUGAUGAAAAUUACAACAGUGGGAGGUCGUAUGUUGACAACUCUUACAAUAGGGCACUGGGCAGAGUCGGUAUGCCUCAUGGUUCAAUGGUAGUAUCUAGUAGAGAUGAUAGGCCAUCCGCAGCAGUCUCCCACAUUCUAAGCUCUUUAGGAAACUUUGAUGAAAAUUACCAUAGUGGGAGGUCGUAUGUUGACAACUCUUACAACAGGUCACUGGGCAGAGUUGGUAUGCCUCAUGGUUCAAUGACGGUAUCCAGUAGGGAUGAUAGGCCAUCCGCAGCAGUCUCCCACAUCUUAAGCUCUUUAGGAAAAUCUGAUGAAAAUUACUACAGUGGGAGAUCGUAUGUCGACAACUCUUUCAACAGGGCACUGGGCAGAGUUGGUAUGCCACAUGGUUCAAUGGAGGUGCCCGAAAGCACUAAAACACUUAUGUCCAACAUCGUAGACUUUUUACAUGGUGCCUAUGGUGUAGACCGUGAAAGUGGUAGGUCGUAUGUUGAAAACUGUUAUAUCGAGACAUUGGGCAGAGAUGGUAUGUCAGUGAGUUCAAAGGCGGUAUCUAGCGGGACAAAUAAGCAAUCUCCAACAAGUUCCAGCCUCCCAGAUUUAAGUUCUUUAGCAAUUACUAGUGAGAGCAGAGAUCAUGAGAGGUCGUAUGUAGACAACUCAUACGACAGAACAUUUGACAGAGAUGGCAUGCCAAUGAGUUCAAAGGAGGAAUCCAAAAGAGAAAGUAGUACAUCGUCACUAAUCAACAAAAUGAUCGCAGCAAGUAAGCAAUCUUCAACAAGACCAGAUUCAAGUUUUUCAGGAAUUACUGGUGAGAACAGAGAUAAUGGAACGUCACAUGAAGACAACUCUUACAACAGAACAUUGGGCAGAGUUGACAUGCCACUGGGGUCAAAGAUAGAAUCUAGUGAGAGAAAAAUACCAUCACCAGCAGAUUCAAGCUCUUCGGAAAAAUCUGCUAGAGACAGUGAUACUAAUGAAAGGUUAUAUGUAGAUAACUCUUACAACAGGACACUGGGCAGAGUUGGUAUGCCACUGGGUUCAAUGAAAACAUCUAAUCGGAAAAGCAGACCCUCCUCAGCGAGCCCCAGCUCUGCAGAAAAGAAGUCUUACGUUGACAAUGCUCACAAUCGAAAGCUUGAUAGAGUAGGGAAGCCAGUUGGAUCCAUGCCUGUUUUCAGUUCAAAACAAUCAUCUGCUUCAAAAACAUAUGUGGAUAAUGAAUACAACCGCAAACUAGGAAGGGUAGGCGUGGAGCAUGGUUCUAUGGUGGUAUCCAAAAGCUCUCCUAAAAAAAGUAGUUCAGGAGGAUCCAAGGUUUAUGUGGACAAUUCCUUGAAUAGAAGUCUUGGGCGUGUCGAUCUUCCUUAUGGAACAUCCACUAAAGUUGAAAAUGUUCGAUUAUACAAGGAUAAUGCAUUCAAUCGAAGACUAGGACGUGUAGGAAAACCAGUUGGAACAGCAGUUCAAUCAAAAUCUGGAUUGGAUGAGUACAGAGUUUAUGCUGACAAUUCGGAAAACCGUCGCCUUGAAAGAGUUGGUUUUCCUACUGGAUCGAGACCAAAAGCUUCAUUCCCAGGAACAAAACGCAGAUAUUGCGACAACGCACUGAACAGGGCUCUAGGUAGAGUUGGAGAAGAGCUUGGAACAAGACCCGUUACUUGCAGCAAAGAAACGGAGUGGAUUCACAAAGUAUAUCAAAGAUACAGAGAAAAUCCGAAAGCAGAGAUACAGUAUCAAGACUUACCAGCAUUGUCAGAAAAAUUGGAAGCAGCUGCUGUAGAAAAAGUUAUGGAUCGAUUAAACAGAGUACAUUUUGAGAGAAAAUGGCGCAAACAGUCAAAAGUAAAGUAUGUUCCGAAGAAUUAUGGUGCAUUACUUCACUACACAGGACCGAUAAUAAAGUAUUCUGAUCUGGAGAUUGGAAAGCCGAUAGGUCGGGGUGGAUUUGGGGUCGUUUAUCACGCCAUGUACAAAGGCUCGGUUGUUGCUGUGAAGAAGUUGCCCUUUUCUAGCGUACCCAUGUCUAUGCUAAAAGGAUUUAACGCUGAGAUCAAUAUCUUAAAUAGACUUGAUCAUCCAUAUAUUGUUAAAUUUAUCGGUGCAUGUAUAUCAAUACCAGAUCUAUGUAUUGUUAUGGAGUACAUGCAGAUGAGUUUACACGAUGCACUGCACGUGGACCGUGCUGAUCUUGGUGAUUUUACUGACGAGGAUCGGUUAAAUAUGAUUAAGCAGACUCUUUCUGGGCUUAAGUAUCUGCAUGAUAAAAAUAUUGCUCAUUGUGACAUCAAGCCUGGGAAUAUUCUAAUUGACCACGAUGGUGAGAAGUUUACCGUUGCCAAACUGUCAGAUUUUGGAUUGAGCAUGAUGAGUCACGAUCCAGCCAGAUGUGCAGGAACACCACGGUAUUCUUCGCCAGAGAUUCUUCGUGGCGAAUUCCUUAACUUAAACCAGAUGAUGAUGAGCGACAUGUAUUCUUACGGGUUAGUUGUGUUCGAGAUUAUUUGUGAAAAAGAACCCUUUGCUAAUUUAAGUAAAGAGCAACUGCAAAUCCAAGUAGGCAGAAAGGGUCUAUUACCGCAGUUCCCUGAAGGUAUUCAUCCUGAUGUUCAUCUGGAAAGCCAGCUUUUGGCUUGUUGGGAUAGAAACCCAGCUAAUCGCCCGACAGCAAGAAGUUUCCUUCGAGUUGUCAAUCGUCUGUCCAGUGUUUAUGCGACAACAGACGAGUAA